GGUUCCCGGACAGUCUAUCUAUCCCCCAUCACAGUUCGCCUCCUGGCAGCCCCAGCGCGCUCUGCUUUCAGGCUUCGUCGACCGCACCUGGUCUACACGGUACGAUCCCGUCAGUGGCAGCUGGGUCAACACGUAUCAUCCAGCAGAUCGCUGAAUAGAUACCAACCACUUCCCUUGAGUCGGACCUCUCGCUGUCUCAAAGACAACCGCUCACCAUGAAUCCUCGGUUUGGACGCGACUCCGGACCUCCCCCUCCGCUCGGACCCCCGGGCCAGGCUUCUGUUCCUCAAGCCUAUAUCCCCUAUGGCUAUAGCCAUUAUGUCUCACCACUCGGCUACCCCUUGUCCUAUCAGUCGGCCUGGGGUGUCCCAACCAUCUACGCCGGCGCGGGCCAGAACGUCAUACCCCUUCAGCCCAACGGCGUCAAUAAUGCCUACGCCCGUACGCCGACCAACCAACCCGCCUCGGGCGGAACCAUGCCAGCCUCCCAGAUGAUCAACUCGACGGGGGGCGCCGGUUGCGAGCCCGGGUACAACUACUUCUUCCCGCCCGAGCACACCAAGAUCCACGUCUUCAAGACCGCCACGCCGCCCUGGCAACUCCCCGCACACACGGCCAUCGAGUUCCACGCCUGCCAUGUCCCCGUGUCGGCCAGGGUCCAGGACAUCCUCAAGGGGUUCGGCGCCACGGGGCCGUCGGCGCGGAAGAACAAGUGCUACGAGAUCACCCAGGGCGGGAACGGUCGCUGGUACAAGGGCUUGUGCUUCGGCGCCGAUGACAAGGAUAUGAUGAAGAAGGCUAUCAAGGAUGUUGGCUGGGAUGCGUCCCGUACGGGGCUCCCUGGCGAGAAGCCUGUUGUUUGUCUUUGGCUUACCAAGGAUGGCUGAGCGGACAUUUUGGUGUGCUAUGACAUGGGGGCCGUUGACGGAGAUGUGAUGCUGGUUGUUUGAUAUUUAUGAACUCGG